AUGAAGAAAGGCAAAGCUAAAAAGUGGAUUGAAAGAAUUGAAACAAUAUUUAAAGUGGUGCCAUGCUCAGAGGAGCAAAAGGUGACUUUGGCCUCAAUAUUGCUUGUAAAAGAGGCUAAACAUUGGUGGAAGUCGGUGAGACCAAUAAGUAGAGUCAAUUGGACAUGGGAUGAGUUCAAAGUGAGGUUUUUCAACUUUUACUUCCCAGUGGCCUUUAGAGCAGAAAAAGAGGUUGAGUUUUAUGAAUUUAAGCAAGGGAAUCUUAAUGAAGAAGCUUUCAUCACCAAGUUCAUUCAAUUGUCGAAGUACUCUACCUACCUUGUAAGGAAUAAUGACUCAAAAUGGAAGGCUGAGAGGCUACUUGAGAAGAUGAGACCUGAGUACUAA